AAGAACUAAUAUGACUAUUUGUUAACUAUAUGUUCAUAUAGUCUGUGGUAAAAAUACCGACUUUAUUGUAUUAAAGUUAGAAUACAGUUAUGAAUAAAACAAAUAAAUUUAGUUUCAUCAAAUUUGUUGUAGAAUUAAAAAUAAAAAGAUCAAUCGAAUAAGUGUGACUCUUAGUAGAGUUAAGGCGUUAACAAUUGUUUCUUUAAGUAAUCAUUGCUUAAAAUAAAUAUGUAUAUAUACAUAUUUGAAAAUAUGAAAAAAUAAUUAUUUAAUAAAACUUAUUAAAUACAUGUUUUCGUUAUUGUUUUUAGUACUAUGAAUUAUAAAUAUUGUGAAAAUAUAUUUUACUUGCAAUAGUAAUACAAAAAAAUGAAACAUAGUGAGGCAAAGAAUUUUAAUUCAUUUUUUAUUAUCCUAACUUUAUUUUUAAUAAGGUUAUUUCAUUUAUUUAUUGUGCGUUCAUGGUAUGUACCUGAUGAGUAUUGGCAGUCCUUAGAAAUAGCUCAUUUCAUAUGCUUUGGGUAUGGAUAUCGUACAUGGGAAUGGAUUAUUGGCAUAAGAAGUUAUAUUUCUAUAUCAUGGAUAGUUCUUUUAUACAAAUUAUUACAUUUAUUAUCAAUAGAUACUAUAGAUCUUCUUAUAUGGAGUCCACGAUUUUUACAAUCUCUUCUUUCUGUGUAUUCAGAUUAUUGUUUUACCAGUUGGUUGCAAAAAUAUUCAAAUACUAAAAGUGUGGUAUGGCCUACAAUAUUUUAUAUCACUUGCCCUUUUUUAGCUUACUGUUCCACCCGCACAAUAGUAAAUACUACUGAAUUAAGUUUGACUUCAAUUGCUUUGUAUUAUUAUCCAUGGACAUCAAAAAAUAGAGAUACAGCAUUUAUUUGGGUGAUUGGAGUUUUAUGUAUUAUUAGACCAACAGCAAUAAUUAUUUGGCUUCCUUUAUUUACAUAUGAUUUCAUUACACAUAGAAGAUACACUUUGAAAUAUUUGAGAAAAUACAUUAGUACUGGUCUAGUGUUAAUUAUUUUAUCUUUAUUAAUAGAUAGCUAUUUCCAUGGUUCAAUAGUAUUUACACAAUGGAACUUUUUACUAUUUAAUGUUAUUAAAAAAGUGAAUGAACAUUAUUCAACAGAACAUUGGUCUUGGUAUUUUACUUGCGGGUUACCACCAAUUCUAGGUCCAAUAUUUAUUUUGUUUGUUUUUGUAAUUUUCAAAAAAAUUAUAUAUUACAAUUUUACUAGUAUUCACAAUAAACUCUUUAUUACUAUUAUGUGGAGUUUAUUUAUUUUUAGUUUAAUAGGUCAUAAAGAACACAGAUUUCUUUUGCCACUUAUACCUAUGAUACUUUUUAUGACAUCUGACUAUAUACAUUAUAUCUGUACAAAUUUCAAAAAAGUAACUUUUUUUGUCAUUAUUAUGAAUAAUGUAAUUUUAAUUUAUUUAGGAAGAUAUCAUCAAAUAGGUUCUAUUAAUGUUAUGUCUUAUUUAACAACGUUACCUCUAACUUCUGAAAUAUUAUUCUUAAUGCCAUGUCACUCUACUCCACUUUAUAGUCAUUUACAUAGAAAUAUAUCAACAAAAAUAUUAACAUGUGAACCUAAUAUUAAUGAAGAGUCAUACUAUAAAGAUGAAGCUGAUUUAUUUUUUGAUAAUCCUUUGAAAUGGCUUGAUGAAACAUAUUACAAAAAAAAAGUUCCUUCACACAUAGUAAUAUUUAAUGUAUUAGCAAAUGAAGUACAAUUAUUUUUGAAGGAAAAAAAUUAUACUGUAACUAAAGAAUUUUUCCACACACAUUUUCCAUCAGAAAGAGUUGGUAGUAAAAUAUUGGUAUAUUCCAUUUUUUAAAAUAUUCUAUUAAAAUAAUUAAUAUUUAAAAAUUUUAGUCUCUUGGAUAUAUAUUUGUAUUAUAAUUGUUUAUUAAUUGAAAUUGUAUAUUAACCUUUUUAUGUAAGAACUCGUGUACAUUAAUAAAUUUAAUAAAUUUUAUCUACA